AUGCUUUUUGUUGUUCUGCUGUCGUUUGGCUUGAUCUCGACGCUCAGGUUGACGCUCAGUGCACGAGUCAUCCUCUUCUAUCCCACCAAUGAGAAGAGCUGUCGUCAAGCCGUGGUCGCUGUCGACACAGGCUCUGUGGCGACGUCUUGUUACGCGGCAGACGAUCAAGCGGGCAUUGCUGCUCCCGUCGACGUGUGUCUGCACUCCCGGCAACAGGAGGGCGAGACAUGUGUGUGCGGUUGUGCCUGUAGCUGCGAGUGCGAGUGUGGCCGGCCAGCUCGAGUCCGGCCAGCCAGACAGGACUCGAGCCAACAGUCUCAAGUGGACUCGAGACUCGACGGUCGUCUCGACGAGAUUGCCGUCGGCUGUCUGGCCUCGGAGUCGGACUCGGACUCGGACAGUUGCAGCAACAGGGCGCCCGAAACUGGUGUCGCUGUCGCCCCGUUGACUGUCGCCUUUCCGGGCGUCGUCAACCUGCCGAUGUCAAGUCUGUGUCGAUUGUCGCCGCCGCCAGAGCUGCCGCACUGGAGCCUGCCGUCGGAUCGAGUUCCCGGCUACUCGCCAGCCGAGCUGGCGGCUGCCGAGCGCAGUUUGAAGCGGAUCUCCCAGACGACCGGAAGAGCCGGAGUUGUGGACGAGGGCGACGGCGACGGCGACGGUGACGGCGAAGGAGAUGCCGGCGGAGAGGGCGACGGCGACGGUGACGGUGAGGGGAUGUUGAAUAGGUCUGUAGGCGUGGGUACAGUUGGUGGAGGUCGCGGGGAGCAGUUGGGUGUGGCGGGCCUGCUGAGACACGUGUCCUGCGACUUGAGACAGCACAAACCCGAGAGCUCCGCACACCACCGC